AACUGCUAGAAGAUUUUGAAGCUUUAAUAAAGGAGUUCAAGGCAACAUUCGGGACAAGGCCAGCAUCGAGCUAUGCAUCAGAGUUCAGACAAAUUGUGAGCGACUUGAACUGGGGUGAAGCUGCUAUGAUUGACCAGUUCCGAACUGGCUUAAAAAACAAGGCUAUUCGAACAAAGGCAGAAAUGUUCAAGGGACCCAACCUGGGGAAAAGGUUUAAACCAAGCCCUAGUAACUAUAUGAACCCCUUAACUGAACCCAUGCAAAUAGAUACCCUAAGGUACAAACCACUAUUGGAUGAAGAAAAAAAUCAGCGACAUGCAAAUAGACUUUGCUUGUACUGUGGUGAGCAAGGCUACAUAGCUAAGGCAGCCCCAGCCACAGUAAGGGGGCUUCGGCUGAAACAAGAUGUCAAUUCAACCCCUAGAAGGCCAUCAACCAGGUUCCCUACAAACGCUCUUACUAUUGGACUAAGCUUACAUUUAUCUGAUGGGUCCAAAGUAAACCUUGCAGCCUUGAUUGAUUCAGGGGUGUCUGCUUGUUUUUUAGAUAUAGCAUUUGCCAAGCAACACAACAUACCUUUCCAAGUAAAAAAAACGUCCUUAACAGUUAAAGUUAUUGAUAGCAGAGAAAUUUUCUCUGGAAACGUUAUGCAUGAGAUGGGCUUAACAUGGUUAGCCCUACAUAAUCCCACAAUUAACUGGUGCAACCGCCUCAUCACCUUUUCUGAUCCUAGUUGCAAGGCCCAAUGCCUAAACAUACUGACCUCAAAUCCUCACCAAGCUCAAACAUAUGUAGUUCAAGUUUUCACAGCUCUAGCAUCCAGUUCCUACCCCACUGAAAUACAUGUAAUUUCAGAAAAAUAUCAAGAUUACAGUGACAUUUUUAAUAAAAAAGAAGCUAAUAAAUUACCUGAAUCUUGGCCCCAUGACUGCACCAUAGACCUGCUGCCAGAUAAGCAACCACUGUGGGGUCCUAUCUAUGGACUAACCACCAAAGAGCUUGAGAAAACCUGGAAAAAGGAUUUAUCUGGCACUUCAAGUCCCUAG